AUGCUUGUUGAUGAACCGGAAGAUGAAGCUGAAGCUGAAUCUGAAGCAGAAGGUAAUGUUGAAGGAGAUCAAGUUAGUUUGACUCCUGAGUCUGCAAAGUUGUUAAAAGCUAUUAAUAAAGAACUAGCAGCUGGAAAUGAAGAAGGUGAUGAUGGUGAUAAAAGCUCAUCAAGUUCGUCUGAUGAAGAGAUUGAUGAAACAGAACGUGCAAGAAGAAUUAAAGUUGAGAUUGAGAAAGAAAAACAGCUUAAAAGAAAGAGGAAAGAAGAUAAAGAUGAUGAGUUGUAUAAUCCAUCCCCUGAACAUGUGAUAGAAUCUCAAACACCUCCAUCAUCUGGCGGGAGGAAGAAGCAAUCUGCUAGAAAGAAAGUUGCUACUCCAAGGGCAAAGGGUUUGAAAAUUUUGUUAAAGAAGAAACCAGUUCAAAAAACAAGUAAACCACCAACACCACCACCUGAACCACAACAUCAACUAUCUCCAAUUCAUUCACCACUUCAUCAAUCACCACCAAGACAACCAUCUCCUGUCCAAUCACCACUACAUCUAUCUCCACCACAUCUAUCACCACCACACCAAACACCAAUCCAAGAACAACAUGUUGUUACAUCUCAACAAAUAUUUCAAACACCUCCAUCCACACAACCACCUGUACAAACUACACCUGGUUCUUCUGGUUACAAAGCAUUUCCAAAUAUUCCGGAGGGUAUUUCUCUUGAAGAAAUUGGAGAUUUUGGGUUUGCCAAUGAUGAACAAGUGAAAAGGUUGGAGAAGAAAGUUGAAGAAGUCUUGGUUGAGAACAAGAAGUUGUUGGAUAGAGAAAAGAAGUUAGAGAAGCCUGUAAAGUCUGUGGAAGCUGAAAAUACUUCAUUGAUAAACAAAAUUGAAGCUGAUCAGACAGAGAUUGAUAUUUUGAAAGUCAAAGUUGCAGAAUUAGAAGAAGAGAAAGUAUGCCGAGAUGAGCAAAAUAAGUACUUUGAGUUGAAAAACAAAGAAUUGGAAGCUGCAAAAGCUAUGAAAGAACAUGAGAUUUACAUGAUGAAUAAAGUACUAGAAAAUAUGCUUGGAAAGUCUAUAGAGCAGUGA